AUGACUGAGAACAACUCUUCUCCUCGCUCGCCGGUUGAUGAAGUCGAUCAUCGCAAGCGGAUUCGCACGUGGGCAAGCGAUGUGCAUCAGUCCCUCGAGAACGAGAAUAACCAGCAACGGCGACUCCCAGGGACAUUCCCUUCCGACAGUAGCGGCGUUUCUCCACGUCCUUUACCUUCUCUUCUUGUCCAUCACGCUUCACGUCAUGAGCCCCACGGUCCCCACCCCCAGAUCCGAACACAAGAACGUUACGGUCCAGUCCAGAUCGUCGACUCAAUAGACCUGACGAGGGAUCGUUUAGAAGCCCAUCGCAGACCCCACUUACCACACACUGCGCCCGCCGACGAGCGCGGCCACCCACGAAGAGCAGAUGGCCAUCCCCCCUUUCAACCGCUUUGUCCCCGCCUCCCUUUCUCAGCGCCGCCACAGACAUCCUCCGAAUCAUCGAGCUCUACGCUUAUUUCCAUGGGGUCCCUCCGCCGAAGACGGGACGCUGAAAGUGACGACGAUCGCGUUCGGCCUGGAGUAGUAACGCCGAGUACUGCUCGGCCACUACCACAGCGCCCAUUGGCGUUUCCACCGCGCUCACAUGUGAGCUCACCCCAAACAGCCCAUGGAACCGAAGAAUCACCUUCGUCCCGUACUUACCUUCUUCCUCGCACAGUAGACCACUUCUUGCCGACUCACGCCGUUCCCUCUCAGCCUAUUCCCCUUCCGCCAACAUUGGUUCAUCGCGAGCCAGCCAGUCCAUUGCAAUCACCAGUUCACCCAGUGGGGGCUCAUUUGCCUAUCUCUUGGACCAACAGAAGUCCUUACUCUUCUCGCUCGGCGUCACCUUAUGGAGGCCCAAUUUCGCCUCGUCAAUACCGACCAUCUCCAUAUGCACCGCGUUCCUCAUCUCCAUCUUUCUACACACCGCCGACGUCUCCAUACAGCACCUCGCCUUUCCCAUCUCAUCCACCCCCGCCUAACUCAUCGUCCCAACCAGGCACAAUUAUCGUCACUUUCAACAACGCUCCUCCACUUCCCACCUCUGUCGCACCCACUGCGGCUCGAGUAGAUGACCGUUCAAGUUACUCAUACGGCACGACAGCGGUAGCGGGGCCGCGUCCGUCUAUUCCCUCGCAGAACACGUCGCCCUAUAUUGUGGUUAUAAUGCCCCCUCAAUAG